AUGCCUCCAAAGAAACGAAAGUUUGAUGAGGCCGGUAGCAGUCAGCGCUCCCCUCGUAAACGAGUAAACGCGGCCGACAGCUCGCAGCAGAGCCUUGAUUCAUUCUUCUUGUCUGGACGGAGUGCGCAAAACAAGGCGAUAGUCAAAGAAGAGAGGUCAGGUGCUCCGCGCGAGAUAAUUAUAAUAGAUGACAACGAAGAAGAGGCUACUUAUUCACACAAAGGACUCGCGACUGAAAAUGUCGAUAUUGCCAUCGAUAGCACGAUAACAUUCAAUCGGUUGGGCAGUCACUCUCAUCCUAAUUCACCUGUCCAUCCUCCAUUUGACGGCUUCAUAUCGAACACGAGAGAAAUGUCAGCAGGCAGCGAAACGUCUUCAGUGCUACAUAACAAGGGCAUCCCUAUUAAACCCGAAACGGCUGGAAAGUCAAACGAUACUCAAGUAUUCGGCGACGAGACAAGUCUGGUCGAUGAGAAGCAUGUCGGUGUGACAUCUGACGGAAACGCCACCAUGCCACUACAUUCAACAUCAUCGCAUAGUCUUAUGUCGACACCAAUAGCCUCGGUAUCCACUAAUCCCGUGGACCCUCGAGCCCAGCAGACAAUAGCGAUCCAAAUUCAGAUUCCACCUUUAGAACCUUUCCCCAAUCUCACCCUAAACCCCUUUCUAUUUGAAAUACGUCCUCGCUCACCCGAGGGACACGGAACUUCCGCUUGCAGCUAUUGGACGCGGGGGACACCAGCCCCUUAUUCCUUGCUCGUUCACGCCCUGGUAUCGCUCGCGGCGACCAAGUCUAGGAUUGCUAUACUGUCUAUCUUAACAAAUCUUCUCCGUAUACUUAUCGUCUAUGACUCAGAGUCCGUUCUGCCUGCUCUCUAUCUGCUCUCCAACUCGCUUGGCGCCGCAUGGGAAGGGAUCGAGCUUGGUGUCGGUGGAAGUAUUAUUUCCAAGACGACAACUUCUAUCACAUCGACCACAAUACGUAAUCUCUACAAAAAGUACGGCGACCCAGGAGAUGUAGCCUAUUAUGCAGUUGUUGGGGAAUCGUCUGGUCCUCGACCCAGUGUCCUUCGUCCUCAUCCCCCCCUUCUCAUAGGCGCACUAUACAAGGAUCUCCGGAAAAUCGCGAGCUCCAGAGGCGAGAAGAGCCAAAAGAUACGUCGAGCUAUCACAGAGCGGCUUCUGCUCUCCGCUGUUGGAUCUUCGUGGAAGUCUGGCAAGCCGAGCGGACAGGAUAGUAUCAUUGACUUGAACCCACAUCUGCUAGGAGAGGAAGCAAGAUAUCUCGUUCGGACUCUUAUUCAAAAUUUACGAGUCGGCGCCGUGAGGACAACGAUCCUCAGCGCUCUUGCACGAGCCAUCGUGUUCACGACCUCACAGCAGCGACGAGCCGAUCCUACCGCACUUUUACGAUACUCCAUCUUGGCAUCCGAUUGUGAUACUGUACGUAAAGUGCUACUGCAAGUCCGCAAGCAAGACGAAACCGGUACGUCGGGCACAUCGAAGAAGUCGAAGCAGAUCAGUAAAGCUGCUCAAACUCCCGAGUACCUUGCUGCACAGGAAAGAGUCCAGAAUGUUCUCAAACGAGCCGAAGCUUGCUUGCGCAAGACGUAUGCCCAACAUCCACGGUACGACGACAUUGUCCCGGUGCUGCUGCGCGAGGGAAUCGAUGGGAUCGCGGGGGAAAACUCUUCGGUGGGGCUGAGUCUUGGUGUUCCAGUGAUGCAUACCCUUGGAUCUCCCAUGCGCUCAUUGGAUGACGUCUAUGAACGACUUGGGCCGAACGCUUCAUGGACAGCUGAGAUGAAGUAUGAUGGACAGCGAGCUCAGUAUCCCGACAUCGUAUAUCUCAUCAGUCGUCGGUUUGAUACCGACCCCUUUCUCGACUCGUUCAUUGUCGACUCGGAGGCGGUUGCUGUCGACCGGUUUACUGGAGAGCUCCGGUCGUUUCAAGAGCUAGCCGGGAGAGCACGACGGGAUGUCAAGAUUAGCGAAGUCAAAGUUGCAGUCUGUCUCUACUUAUUUGACAUGAUGUACCUGAAUGGCACGCCUCUGAUUCAGAAGCCAUUUCGAGAACGCCGGAGGCUAUUACGUACACAUUUACCACCAUCCGAGCCGGUCGUCGCGGGACACAAUGACGCUCCUACCUCUAGUCAUAUUCUUGCUCGUCUCGAUCAUGUCGAGAGUGUCGAAGCGGACGAGGGACGAGAAGUGGUGGAAGAGUUUUGGGAAAAGGCCAUUGAGAGCAAAUGUGAGGGUUUGAUGAUUAAGCUCUUGGAUGACACUCAGGUCACCCUCGGUGACGGCGAGGAGGAUAUAGAGGAUGAUGAGGACUUGGAGACCCCAAAACGCGCAAAGAAGAAUGGGUCGAGUACUAGACGUAAAGCCCUUCCCGCAACAUAUGAACCCGACAAGCGUACAUCCGCGUGGCUGAAGCUUAAAAAAGAUUAUGUCGAAGGCAUUGGAGAUAGUCUAGAUUUGGUUCCAGUCGGCGCUUGGCAUGGAAAUGGACGCAAAGCUGCAUGGUGGAGUCCUAUCUUAUUGGCCGUGUAUGAUCCUGCGGGUGACCAGCUUGUCGCAUUGUGCAAAUGCAUGUCGGGGUUCACCGACGCGUUCUACAAGGAGCUCAAUGAAAAGUAUCCAGAAGGUACAGAGACAUGCUCCAAGACAUCUCUCUGGAAUGUGGAAACUGGCGGAUAUAAACCAAACGUCUACUUCAAACCUUCGGAAGUCUGGGAGAUACGGGGAGCAGACUUAACGAUCAGCCCGACGUCGGCUACUGCACUAGGCAUGAUUCCGCAAGCCCGCGACCGAGGACUGAGCCUUCGCUUUCCACGGUUCAUGCGUAUCAGACUCGACAAGAAGAUUGAGAUGGCAAGCACUCCGGCGUUUGUCCACCAGCUAUGGCGGAACCAGGAAUCCAAGGGGCAAGCACUUGGGAUCGGGGAAGACGAAUUGGUUGAUGUCAUCGAGGAAGAAAGUGUGGAGGAAGAGUACGAGAGUAGCAGUGAUGAGCACGAGUAG